AUGUCGCGUCCUGAAGAUAUCCUACCCCCCGAUCUCUUUUAUAACGACAAUGAAUCCCGAAAAUAUACGACCUCCUCUCGAAUACGCAAUAUCCAGGCUGAUAUGACGCACAGAGCCUUGGAAUUACUAGACCUACAAAGCCCAUCACUCAUUCUCGACCUCGGCUGUGGAUCAGGUUUAUCAGGCGAAAUUCUUUCCAGUGUACCUCCGGACGAAGGCGGUCCACAUAUGUGGAUUGGCAUGGAUAUUUCUCCAAGCAUGCUCGAUGUCGCUCUACAACGAGAAGUCGAAGGCGAUUUAUUCCUGGCUGAUAUUGGCCAAGGAGUACCCUUCCGGCCCGGCUCGUUCGAUGCAGCGAUCAGUAUUAGCGCUAUCCAAUGGCUUUGUAAUGCAGAGACCAGCGAUGUGAGCCCCGAGGGCAGAUUAAAACGCUUCUUUGAGGGCCUUUAUGCAAGUUUACGGCGGGGUGGACGUGCAGUGUGUCAGUUUUAUCCUAAAAACGAUGCCCAGCGUAGCAUGAUCAGUUCAGCUGCGGUCAAGGCGGGCUUUGGUGCUGGUAUAUUAGAAGAUGAUCCAGGCACCAAAAAUAGCAAGACAUACCUUGUGCUUACUGUGGGUGGAGGAGGUCUGAACGGGGACAUUACUGGUGUCGUUGGUGGCAUGGACGGUGUUGAUAUCGUGGAUUCGCGCAAAAGGGAUAACGCCGCUAAAAUUGCGAGAUCAUUACAGGGGAAGAAAGGUAGCAAAGCGUGGAUUUUGAGAAAGAAGGAGCAAAUGGCGCGGAAAGGCAAAGUCGUCAAGGCUAGUUCAAAGUACACUGGAAGGAAGAGACGGGUUGCUUUUUGA